AUGUGUUGCAAAUAAAAAUGGGACUUGGAGAACUAGUUGUCACUUGGAGAACUAGUUUUUUCAUAGAUGUCUCUGUAUUUUACCCUUAAAAAUAUGCAAAAACUAUCCAUCGCAAUCGGCUUAUCGUUAAAAAAUCCUGUGCUACUGUGGAAAAUUUGUGCCUCUUUGGGUGACAAAACACCCUUUCUCAAUCAAUGAGUUUCAUUUUUUGAUCAAAGUUGAGUCUCAAACUCUCAAUAACCAAAGUUGAGUCUCAAACUCUCAAUACCAGAGGAGUGUUAACGUAAGUGAGAGCUGAGUUGGGAUCGACAAUUUGACAUCCUCGAAAUGUCGCUGGAAGAAGAGAUGGGUUCUCUAUUCGAGGGUAUGGUGCUCUUCAACCCUUCGCAGAUCACCCCAGACGACGAUAGUGAGGACAAAACUCCUUCUUCUUUCCCAUCAACGUCCUCAUCCACAUCUCUCCCCCUCGAUGAGAACCUGUUUUCCGACCUAACUGUCGUUCCUCUUCUCCAACCCCUCACCUCGCAAGAACCCCCCAAUAUCUCCCCGUUGACAGUCACAACAACAACGUCGUCGUCGUCGUCGUCAUCAUCAUCAUCAUCGUCGUCAUCUUCUUCUUCUUCAACUGUAAUAACAGCCAUUCCAACCGUUUCUCGCCAGAUUUCCCGAAAGAAAAAAAGAGCUGGCAUAAGGAUCGGAUACGCCAGAGACACCCAAGUUUCCGACGACCAUCACAAUUACCCUUCUUUCUCCCUCACGGAAUCCACUUCUCAGGUAGAAUUGGAAUCUCCACCUCCACCACUUCCACUACCACUAGGACCUGUCGAUCUAAGAGCUUCCAAGCCCGUAAUCUCAGAAGAAUAUAUCUCCACUGUAGAAGACCAUCUCUCAUUUUCUGCAGAACAAUCUUCUUGCCUUCUUUCAGAUUCCAAUUCCGAACUGUCCCCGGGAGUGACGGUCACCGAGAUCUCAUAUAACAAUUCGAAAGAUGAAUCUUCUUGUUCACCUGUACGAGCAAGUAACCAAGACUUGCGGAAAGAUAAUGAAUUAUCCUUGCAAUCAAAACAAGAGGCGGGAGUUCUAACCGAGGAGAAAUGGGAGAAAAUUAGGGCUCAAAUUUCUGAGAAGCUGGAGCAAACACGAAAAUUGGCUUCUUUUGUUUUGGCAACAAGGAAGGAGGUGGCAAGGAGGAGAAGGAAGGCGUCUGAAGACGUGAAUAUGGUGUCCGUGAAGUACAAGCAGCUGGAGAGGGAACUGGAGGAAGCUUGUGAAGCCGAGGAUUUCGAGAGGGCGGAACGGGUUAGCGAGAGCUUUGCGGCAACAGAAAGGGAGAAGGAAAGUGUUGUAAAUUCAUUGAGGGAAGCUGAAGCGGAUUGCGACUUGGUGGAGUUGAAGAUGCAGGAGGUGCUAGAGUUGCAGAUCACAGCUGAAGAAGAAGGCGUGUCAUUGUUGGAACGAUUUGCGGAGGACGCUGCCAGAAAUGCAGAUUUAAUCUUGAAAAAUGCAGAAUCACUCCAUUUAAAAGAGAUGAAUGAAUGGCAAUCAUCAACUGAAGUGUUAGAGGUAAAGAAGAUGGAAUUGGAAAUUGAAUCACAAUUAAUAAGUGAUGUAUGUUUGGGAUUAAAUGAUUCCAUUGAACAGUUAAUCAAGGAUGACAGAAUAGAAAAAGAGUUUCUUUGUAAGAAACGAGAUAUUCUGACAGAGGAACUGGAGAACUUGCUUGAUUUAGUAAGACAGAAAGAAGCAGAGAUUGCAGACAACAAUUCUAAUAUCCAAGCCGUUGAGAAAAGGAUUGAGAACACAGUCUCUGGUUUUCGUGAUGCACAGUCAAGCAUUGAUAUGAAAUACAAUAGCCUGAAAUCAGCUCUCUCCGAAGUAGAGUCAGAAAAUGAAGCUUUAUCCAUGAAAAAGAAACAAGCUGAUUGCAUCCUUUCUCAAGAAGAAAAGAUUGGAGGAAAACUCAGGGAACUUGCCAGCGUUUCCAUGGAUGAAGCAAAAACAUGCCAAGAACUCCUUGGCCUAAGAAAGAGUCUAGCAUUGUCCAUCUUGAAGUGCAGAGAAGACAAAGUUAGGCUUGCCAAGACUGAGGAGAAAAUUUUGGAGGAUGUUCAGAACCUUAGACAAGAGAUUUCUGCUGCAAGAGCUUUUCUGCAGGAACUUUCUUCAACCAAGUCAAACAUACAGCAAGAAAUAGCUUCUUUUAAGCAGAGAUUGUUCUUCAUAGACAAGAGAGGCCCAGAGCUGGAUGCAGAGAAAAAAGUCGCUGCCACUGCAAGAAAUUUCAAGGAGGCUGGACGCCUAGCUGCUGAAGCAAAGGCACUGACUGUUGAAAAGGAAGGCAUACAGGCUAAGAUGCAGACGGCUACUCUAGAGCUUGAGAAGAUAGAGGAAGAGGUUAAUUGUACUGCCACUGGGCUCCAAGAGACUGAAGCUCUGAUCUUAUCCAAGGAAAAAGAGGCAGCAAUGGCAAGGUGUGGGAGACUACGCUUAGUUGCUGGUGCAGCUAUGGCGGAAAGUUCAGGAGCUAUAGAAUUAGGUGACCUUGAAGAAGCUAAUAUUUUAACCACAGAGGCUGAAGCGGCAGACUGUGAAGCAAUCAAACUUCAGCAAGCUUAUGAUUUCAAAGAGGAUGAAUUUGGAAAUCUACCAAAGCACUUCAUCUCCAUGGUACUCGUCACCAAUCUUGGUGGAAAAGAGUUGGCUGAAAUGGCAAAAUCGGUUCAUCUUUCUCCCUCGUGAGCGUCACUGUUACAGUCAUUUGGAUUUGGGCAAUAGUUGGAAUUGGAGUAGUAGCGCCAGGUGGCAAAUUGCAUAGUGGAUAUUUUAUUCUUUCCUGGUCAUUGAUUCUUUUGAACAUGGUGCUUUAUGUAACCACUCCAUCUUCGUCAACGAAAUGUUUCCUUGUUUAGUUUUAAUUGCCUUUUCAAGUUUGUGUAACAUGGGCCUAGUGGACUUUGGCUUUUACCAGAAGUUUACAAUGAAAUUAUUUGUGCCUCUGCAUGCAAA